GGCCGGUUGGUGGGUGCCGGGCCGGGGUCAGUCGUGUCAGGAGACGGCGCGGUGCGUCCACGGCCGCCAGCCGUCUGAGCACCUGCCGCCCGCCCUCUGAGCCUCCCUGCCGCCAGCCGUCAGCCACGGCCAGAGGUGACUCCGGCCGAGACGAGGCGUCAUGUCUGGUGGCGAGGCGUCCAUCACGGGCCGGACGGCGCCCGAGCUGAACGCCUCGGCCGCGCCGCUGGACGACGAGCGCGAGCUGGGCGAGACGGUGGCCGCCACGGCCCUGCUGCUGGCCAUCAUCCUGGUCACCAUCGUCGGCAACUCGCUGGUCAUCAUCUCGGUGUUCACCUACCGGCCGCUGCGCUCCGUGCAGAACUUCUUCGUGGUCUCGCUGGCGGUGGCCGACCUGACGGUGGCGCUGUUCGUGCUGCCGCUCAACGUGGCCUACCGGCUGCUGAACCAGUGGCUGCUGGGCAGCUACCUGUGCCAGAUGUGGCUCACCUGCGACAUCCUCUGCUGCACCAGCUCCAUCCUCAACCUGUGCGUCAUCGCGCUGGACCGCUACUGGGCCAUCACCGACCCCAUCAACUACGCCCAGAAGCGCACCAUCCGGCGCGUGAACACGAUGAUCGCGGCUGUGUGGGCGCUGAGCCUGGUCAUCAGCGUGCCGCCGCUGCUCGGCUGGAACGACUGGCCGGCCCAGUUCACCGAGGACACGCCCUGCACGCUCACCCAGGAGCGGCUGUUCGUCGUCUACUCCUCCAGCGGCAGCUUCUUCAUCCCGCUCAUUAUCAUGUCGGUCGUCUACGCCAAGAUCUUCUUCGCCACCAAGCGGCGACUGCGCGAGCGCACGCGCAAGCUGGGCACGCUGGCGGUGCCGGCGCCGCCGCAGCGGACCAGCUCCCGGCCGCUGGCCGAGCUCGAGUCGGUCGCCAGUCAGGAGGACGAGACCGAGCCAUCUCCGGAGCCCGAGCCGCUGUCCAGCCGCGCAGACAAGCCCGCCAACGGCAUCAGCGUCCACCAGUUCAUCGAGGAGAAGCAGCGCAUCUCGCUCUCCAAGGAGCGCAAGGCGGCGCGCGUGCUGGGCGUCAUCAUGGGCGUGUUUGUCGUCUGCUGGCUGCCCUUCUUCCUGAUGUACGCGAUCGUGCCGUUCUGCACCAACUGCGCGCCGCCCAGUCAGCGCGUGGUCGACUUCGUCACCUGGCUCGGCUACGUCAACUCCAGCCUCAAUCCGAUCAUCUAUACUAUUUACAACAAGGACUUUCGCACCGCCUUCAGCAGACUGCUGCGCUGUGAUCGGCGAAUGAGCUGAAGAGGUUUGAUGGUAACCCAAACACAUGUCAGUUGACUGCUGUCAGUACUGGGCAGACGUCAACCGAUAAAACUGAUCGACAGACAUGGGCGAUGCUAUGAGAUACAAUAUUAUAGUGCAAUGACACUGAUAGCUAGAGUUAGAUGAGUUUAUUCAUCAGUUAGGUGAAAUGACCAGGAAAGGCAUGCUGGGUCCCGUGACCGACGCCAAAAGUAAGACACACGCUAAUUUAGCUACCAAUGAAAUGCCAAUACGUGAAAAUAAACAUUGAAAGUGUUGUUAUGUACUGUGCUGUUGGUGUCAAAGAGACGUCGAUCCCGAGAAAGACGGACAUGUGUCUCCGAGGUGUGUACUUGUGCGUGUCAUUAACUCCUGCAUUGCUCGGAAAGGUGAAUGUACAGGGAACCGACCACAUAGCUGUCCGUAUAGGGCCGGCGUGUUCGGGCGAGUGUAAUGAGAAGCGUACCUGAGAUCACUCACGGUCAGUUAUGUACAGGUCUCGCGGGUUUUAGCGGUAGGUUUUGCACCUAGAAAAUUUAGUGUA